AUGACAGCUCUUCUUGACUCAAGGCAAGCGAAAAAACAAGAAGCUUUUAUUGAUAAUCCAUCUGGAUACAUCAAGCUUGUGCUAUGGAGAGGUCAUGCAGACAGUGUUUCAGAAGGCUCCACUCAACUGUUUGAUAAAGUUACAGUAAAACUUACUCAUCAAGAGAAAUACCUUGACACUCGAAAAAGUGACGCCAAAUGCAAAAUAUCAUUAGUUAACAACUUCACAGAGAGCCUCCAACCAGUGCAAAACAUCUCUACUGUGAAAGACCUAACAGGCAAAAUCCUUGGUGUUACAAAUCUAAAUAAGUGCCCGCUACAACUGCUCCUGCAACAAAAAUACAACUACAGAAGGAAACUUGGCAUUUUGUAUUAACUGCAGCAUGACAUUGAAAUUCAACUGUUGCAAGCUGCAGUGCACCCUCAGGCUAUAUAUACUAG